AUGCUGCCUUCUGCUGGAGCCUCACUGCUCCACCGGCCCGUGCAGAGAUGGCGAGGAAACCCCGUGGACACGGCACUGCUUUUUCAUGACGGUGUAAUGGAUGAUGAAGACGACCGCCGUCUUCUGGAUUUUAUAGGAGAUGUGCAAGCAUUGAAUGAGUAUCUCCAUGGUUCAAAUAGUAAAUCUAUCGGAGAAGAUGAUGUGACAAAUGCAGCUUUUGGGUCUGCCAGCUCGUUCUUCACCAGUGACACUGGUAGCUCUAAUGAAGGACUCAAAGAUGGCCAUGAUCAUUUGGGAGAAUUUGGGGAGGCUGGUGAUUCUGAGCUUCAGCUCUCAACUGACCUUCCGUUUAUCGAGGAUGAGCUUGAAGGUGGAAACUCUUCAGGUGGGGAUGAUCUUGGGGGUGAGGACCAACCCUUUGACAUCCUCCAGAAGUCAUUGUUGGAAGCAGAUAUCACAGAGCAGACAUUGGCUCAAGAGGCCCUUUUGGAGUCCCAGCCAUCUCUUAUUCCCACAGCUACCGCCUUCCCUCAGCAGCUGGUCUCUGGGGGUUUCGGAGGUCCUGGUGUGGUGGCACCACAACCUCAGGCUUUUAUCCAGCAGGUUCCUCAGCUACCCUUGCCAAAUGGCCCCACAGGACACAUCCAGGUAGUUGGACCUUUUAAUGGCAGUGCCUCUUCUAUGAUGACUAUCAACAGUUUGGAACAACCUCAGAUCCUUUUGAGGCCAAGUGGAAAUUUAAUGACCAACAGCAGUGGGCAAGGUGCCUUGUUUACCCCUUCCACAGCUGGCCAGGUGUCAAUGUCCUUCAAUAAAAGGACAAUUCCUGUUCAGAAUUUUAUCAUUCAGAGAGGCACUGCACAACAGACAUUGAUUAGACCUAUUCAGCCUAAACCCCUACAGACAGGGGGACAAACUGUAUACAAUAUCAGCAACAUUGGGCUUCAACCCAGCAGCACUACUGCUAAUGUAGUCAAUAGCACCUACACAGCCACUGACUCUCCUCAACAGAUGAAAGUGGUAAACCCAGCCAGCAGCAUUGUAAUGCAUUCGCCUCUGGGGCAACAAGCGCAGCCCCAACCACAGUCCAGUCUGCCUCAGGGGCAGUUUUUGCUACCCAGCUCUAUUUCCCUCACUCCUGGAACCACUGUUCAUGGCUUCCAGGCUGUGAAUGGGCAGUUGAUUCAAGCAAACUCUCACAUGGGCGACCCAUCCUCAAUGAGCACUACCACCUACUCGAUCUUGACCAAUCAGAACACAACAGUACAGCUUAUCGCUGGGCAGAACUUUUCAACUGGUGGGCAGUUGAUAAUGAAUCAAGGCUUGGCCAGUGGAGGUCAGAUAGGCCAAGCUUCACCGACAUCUGUUGUGCAGCUGUCACAGAGACCUGGAACCAUGGCCAAGGUCUGGACCGCCAGUGCAUCGCCUAGCCCCACUCCUAUGCAGAUGUCACAGACUUCGGGCCACUUUACCAUGGUUAAUUCUGGUAUACAAGGCCCACAGGUUUGUCAACAGUUAUCGGUUAGCCCAGGACAGCACCUCCUUAUGCCUGUAACUCAGAACUCUUCAGCCUCUUCUGGAGUACAGGCGUUUCAGCAAGUCUCUCUAAACCAGGACACCACUGCAGCAACACAAAGAGGGCAGACACAACUAGUUAAUCUCCUUGGUACCAAAACUGUGAAAACGCUUACUCCUGCAAAUCAGGAAUCGCCUCUCACACCUAAGCGACCUGCAACUCAGCAGCUUACUAGAGGAGGAAUGAUCCUCCAGCAGCUAAGAAGGGAUCAUACUGGAGUCAUGUCUCCAGAGCAGACACCCUUCGUUUCGUUAAAUGAUGUCAUUGACAAAUUGCUUCCCUAUCAUGUUUUCCAAGGCUCAACAUCACAAGAUGAAGAAUUCACCAAAGUUGAUGAAGAAUUUGAGGCAGUUGCCACACAAGUGCUAAAAAGAACACAGGCCAUGGUAAACAAAUACAGACGCUUACUCAUGGUGGAAGCAGAGAGGUCCAGCCCUUCAUCAGAAAUGGUGAUGAUUGACAGGACGUUUAACCAAGAGGAGCGGAGCAACUUGACUGAAGAUAAACGAACGGUAUUAGUGGAUCCAGAUGGCUUCAUGGAAGAAUUCUGCUGUGGCCCUAAGAUGACGAUCCCAAGUCCAGAAGUCAAGGCAGCAGCCAGCAAUGAGGGCAAUCCCAGCAUAAUGGGGACAUCACCAAGGCAUUCCAUGAGUAAUGUUGUUGGAGAUGAGCAGGGAAUGAACAGCCACACAGAACCUGCUAACAGGACAGACUCCCAUCUAGAAAGUGGGAUAGAGGAACACAGAAGAACUCCUAUCAAGUGUAUCCUGGACAUGAAAAAAAUGAAGUGCAACAACUUCAUCAGCAGCAGUCAACAUGCAAACUACCCUACAUCUCCCAGACAAUCACAGCAUAGCUCUGCCCAGGGCUACCCAUCAAGCCUGGGGCAGAGUCAAGAACAGCAACUUUCUGAUCACAGUCACGCCUCAUUGGCUGACACAGACUCUGUGCUUGAGGCUGCCAUCAAUAGCAUCUUGGAAUGUUAGACAGUGCCAUAUUUAUGUUUGUUAGUCUCAUUUCAUUUCAUGCCAUGUCUGUGCAAGUGGGAUUCCAUGACAUACACUGGCAUUAUAGCAGUUGAAAAGUGCACACAGCGACUCUGAAAGUGGCAAGAAUAGGGUGGUGAUACUCUAAUAUUGUGCCUGUUGUUCUACAGAAGUUUAUACGGGAAAGCCUUUUUCGACAAUUAUAUGUAGGAGACUCUUGCAAACACACACACACACAUCAAGACGUGUGUUUAUACAUAAUCAAGCAGUGAGUUGAUGGUGUGACGGUUAGGAUUGUCAUGAGUAGACAUUAUUAUUUGUAGUUUAUCAGUUAAUAUCAAACACACUUACAGUUAGUCUGAUAGUCUGUCUGGAGUAAAGGUUGAAAGGUUAUCUCUCUAAUUGUGAUGCAUCAUUGCAGUUAACACAAACACACCGGCACAUUCGUCUUUGAGCAUUGGUCAUGUUACUUUUUUAAAACAUUUGUUUUGCAUUUAGUUUUGUACCUUACAGGUAUGUGACCUCCACAGAGACAAAACUCAUGUAGUUUUGUGCAGGUGGAAAGUUAAGUCCUCAGAUUGAGGGUACAUUGUUACAUCAUGUUUAUCUUUUUUUUUUUUCUGUUUAAUUGUUUUUUUUAAAGGAUGUAUAUAUAUAUAUAUAUAUACACAUAAAUGUGCUGCUCACACAUAUAGAUGUUCUUUGAAAUUUUAAUUUUCCCUUGUGGUUUCUGUCCCUGCUGGUCAGGCUGUGGUCUUUGCUGGCAGUUGGUAUGCAGUUUCUGCCCCUAGAGGCAGCUUUUAUAUUUGCACAAGUGGACAUGACCAUGUACUUUCACAAAUAGCCAUUUUCAUAGCGCUUAUAGCCCCUCUGCAGAUCACUUUUCUCAUAUGCACAGAUUUUUACGUAAGAUUGAAUUGGUGAAAGCAGAGUAGGUGCCGUCACAGCAUAUCAGAUUUUUUAAUUAGCAUUAUGAGAUGGCUGUAUACUGAGAUAAUAGCUUCAUGUAGUUUGGUUGGAGGGUGUCCGGCCUUUUCUUCUGUGUGCGUAUUUGAUAAAAAUUUGCUCACAUUUCAACAACCCCUUUUGUAAAAUCAUUUCUAAAGAGGAGACUGUAAAUACUCAGUCUGACUUUGUAGUCUAGAAUGUAUUUUCCACAUUAACCGUGCGAGGCUUGUCAGCUUAAACAACGGGAAUGUUUCAAAGACUGACCAGGGCAGAGAAACUGCAGUGUUUGGACAUUUUUCACAAGUUUGUGUUUGCAAUACCAUCCAAUAUCGAGCCGAAGGUUGCUUGUUUCCAUCUUUAAAUGUCAUCCAGUUAUUUUUCAUCUUCAACACUAACCACCACUGUCUUUCCCAGCAAUUCAACCAAAAAUGAUAAAUGACAAAAAACAAGUUAAAUAAUCUCUGAUCAGAGCACCAGUGGUCGGUUUUAGGGAGCACUCUGAAGACCUUCACAUCGAAGGGCUUCUUUGCCUUAGGACAGAGCGAGUUAAAACUCAUUGAAAUAGUCUAUUAUUCGUUUUUUCUGCUUUUUGUUGUGAGAGAGUGGCCUUUGAUUAACGUAACACCCCGUGGUAAAAAUUGAUUUUAAUGUGUAAUGCUUUUUAAUAUUUUCUGCAUCACCCAAAACUUGAUUUGUAAUGUUUGUAUUACAAAUAUUAAAACAUGAAACACAAAAUAUUUAUACUUUUUGUAAAGAAAAAGAAUGUAAAAGUUAUUUUUAUUAUGUUAGGUGUGUGUUCGGUCAUACUAUAUGUGGUCAAUUUUUUAUUUUGAGUGUUCAUUACAACAAAGAUAAAUCAA